AUGUCAAGAGCUCAAGCUAUAAACAUAAAGUCAGAGAGGUUGGAGAACCACGUUAAUGUAUUUAAAAAUAAUGCUGAGCAAGAUGAAGGAAACGCAAAGAUCAACUGGAUGAACCAUCUACGUCGCGCCGGUGGUACUUCGGGCGCUGCACGUGCAAAGCAUGCCAGUGGCGGCAGCAGUGCAGCGCGCACUGACAGCAACCCUCGGGAGCGAAGGGUGAAGACUAUCCGCACUUGU